CCGAAAGUUCAAGAAGCAGUCAUAGAUAAAGGAAUCGAAGUUGUUGGAAAGUUGGUCGAUAAGCAAUUCGAAAACAUUGAACGCGCACAGAACAAGGCUGCUGAAUUCUUGAAAAAAGAGGUGAAGCUGGAUAUAACUCCCGAUAAAGCCUGGAUAAAUGACAACAUGUUUGUUCCUUCAGCUUAUCAUCUGGAUGCUUCUGUUGAAGGCGGUUCAAAAUCUCCAGACGAGAGAGGUGAUACUCCAUUUAUUUACCCGGCGGGGAUGGGUCAGGUCCUUAUGAACGGAUGCUGGGGUAACGACUACAAGAUGGGCGAUCCAUGUUAUAAUGCAAAACGAAACUCCACAAUUUGUUGGGAUAUGAUUGACGGUGCUGCAUUCAUUGGUGUCGGGUUUGACGGAAGUGGAACGUACAGUCCCGAGUCUCGAAAGAUGAGCAUAGUACAGAGGAACUGCGCCAAUAAGGCAACUUACGAUAACUUAGAUGUUCCCGACACAAUGAACGUACAUGGAAUUUAUGACACAGCUGCUUUUAUGAUGACCUUUGAAAGCAGGACGCAAUAUCAGCAAUAUCUUCAACGUGAGGCUGGUGUAUCUGGGUCCGUGUUUGGCUUCAGUGCAGGAGUAAAAAAAGCCUGGGGUGGCUCGAUGCAGGCCAGCACUCAGCAAUACAUGGCCGUCUUAGACGUUGAUAUUGAUAGGUAUGAGAUAUUCAUGGACGAAGUAAAGCCAAGUGACCUGAGCUUGAAUUUCUUGAGGGAAUAUAUGGACCUUCCAUUUUCUUAUUUCCACCCUGGUGCUCAAAUCAAAUAUCAAAACUUCAUCCAACGUUGGGGCACACACUAUAUCAAAUCAGCUAAAUUCGGUGGACAACUGGAGAUUAUAAAGACCAUGGUAGCGUCUCAGGUUGCAUCAAAAUCUGAGUUCGCAGAAACAAUGGAAGCGGAAUACAGAGGUUUGUUUGCAAGCGCCGGUGCAAAGUCAAGCACUAAAGGAGGCUCGUCAAGCAAAGCAGAAAGCAAGUUUACCUCGACAUCUGUCAUGGCACAAGGUGGGAGCCAAGAAAUUGCUACCAUUCUUGCUGAUGUGUACUCUCCAACGUUCAAAGGAGAUUUCAAGGAAUGGUUGCAGAGCAUUCCAGCUUACCCAAAGGCCUUCCGUUUCUUGNCGAUAUAA